UCAUUCAUGUUAUCAGAUGAAAUAAGUAAACAGUAAAGCAGAACCUGACCGCGGCCAGACAGAAGAAACCUUUCGAGACAUUCAUGGAGUGACGCUACGAUAAUAAACGAAGGCAAUCAAGAAACAAGAUUCCAAGAUGAACUACGUACCAGGGACGGCAAGUCUCAUUGAUGAGAUCGACAAAAAACAUCUGGUUCUCUUACGAGAUGGUAGAACACUAAUCGGGUACCUCAGAAGCAUUGACCAAUUCGCCAAUUUAGUUUUCCAUCAGACAGUUGAACGUAUCCACGUGGGCAAGAAAUUUGGUGACAUCCCAAGAGGAAUCUUCAUUGUGCGAGGAGAAAAUGUGGUGCUGCUUGGCGAAAUAGAUGUGGAUAAACCAUGUGACACAGUCCUGCAACAGGUCUCCAUUGAAGAGAUUCUGGAGGAGCAGCGGUUGAAGCAGCAAACUAAGCAGGAGACUGAGAAAGUAAAGAUGCAGGUCUUGAAAGACAGAGGCCUCUCCAUCCCCAAAGCUGAUAACUUGGAUGAAUAUUAAAACGGCCUACAGUGCAUGAGUUGCUUCAGUUUGUAUCAGACUGGUAUCUUUUUGUAUCAGACUGGUAUCUUAGUUGAAUUUGUUAACAUGAUUUUAUGUGCACAAGGCAACAUUUUACUUUGCCUCCUUACUGUAGUGUACUGUAUACAUUUAAUUUGAAUGCACUUCUCUCCGUUUUUCAGGUCAACGGUGGCAAAACCAUUUGUUUUGGCUCACUAUUUUAUCACAAUUAUUUCACAGCGGCACUUUGUGUUACUCAAGUGUUUGUAUUUGGAGAUACUAAGGCCUGGUAGUGACACAAAAGUAAUGGCCAUGCUCCAUUAAAAUGUUAUUUUUUA